AUGAAGGGGAAUCUCACCCAUCGACGACCGAACGCGCGCGAGGCGCCGGAGGGCGAGGCGAGCGCGACGGUGGACGGACGAGGGAAGGCGAGCGGUGGACCGUCAUCGGCGAGGGCGCGAAACGCCACCGAACAGGCGGGCGUGCUGGCGAUACUGACGUUCAUCGCCCUGAGAUUCGUGCAGCGGUACCUGAGGGCGACGUACACGACGUACUUGACCACGGAGGCGGAGAUGCCGCUGGUGAGCAGACAGGAGGACUUUCUGUCGUUUAACGAAUUCGCGUCGCUCAAGGCGUGCGCGCUCGAGCAUCCGAAACUGCGCGUGAAGAGCGAGCUGAACUCGGCUGGGUUCUCAAAAACGCGAGGAUUUGUCGUGAAGUUCAACCUGGAGGGGGUGGAAAAGUUUCGCACCAACCCGGACUACGCGUGCUUCACGCCGAUUUUCGAUCGUCUGCGUCUGCCGGACGCCAACGCGUUCGUGAUGAAUAUUUUGCUCUGUCAACUCGGUGAUUACGACGCGUAUAACGCCGACGAACUGAGCGUUGGGAUUCACCUCGAUACGACCGUCGGUAUUUAUUCUAGGCACACGUACGCCGCGCACCAAGUCUCCGUCUUGUACAACUCGGUGCCGAGCGACAUGGAGGGCGGGGAGCUGGAGGUGUACGAGUACGGCACGGGACACCCCGACGUCAGUAAAGAUCCGGAUGAAAAGGUUCGACCGAAGGAAAAUAUGAUGGUCACGUUUCGCGGCGAUGCGUACCAUCAGGUUCGUAGUUACCGCACAAAGUCGGGCGCCGAACGCGUCUCCCUCGUGCUCGAACAGUACAAGAUUGAUAAAGCUGCGUACGGGAAGACGAUGCGGUAUCUGGAGGCGUACAAGUCGAACAUGACGAUGAUGUAA